AUGACCAUCAACAAGGCAAUGUGUGACUUAGGGGCUAGUAUUAAUCUGAUGCCUUCCUCUCUAGUGAAAAAGCUAUGCAUGGAAGAAGUGAAACCAGUACAGAUGUCUUUAAAAUUGGUAGACAAGUCAGUGAUAUGUCCCAGGGGUGUGAUUGAGAACCUUCUAGUAAAGGUAGACAAAUUCAUAUUCCCUGCUGAUUUUGUGGUCUUAGAUUCAGACGAGGAUGAUGGUGAUUCUAUUAUACUAGGAAGACCAUUCUUGGCCACUGCUAGGGCCAUUAUAGACGUAGAAAAAGGAGAGUUGACCCUCAGAAUGCAUGAUGAAGCGUCACCCUGA